AUGUGGACAGGAGGACAUAUGAUAAGUAUCGCAGCAUGCCAAUUCUUCAGCAACAGAUUGUACAACUUCAUCGGAAAUGGACUUGAUCCUUCCAUUAACCCUUCAUUUGUUCCGCAACUACAAGCACUCUGCCCUCAAAACAGUGGAGGUAGCAACCGUGUUUCCUUAGAUACCGGAAGCCAACUGAAAUUUGAUACUUCUUACUAUGCUAAUUUGAGGAAUGGACGUGGAAUUCUUGAGUCAGAUGAGGCACUAUGGAAUGAUGCUUCCACGAAGAUGUUUGUGCAGAGAUACUUAAGCCUAAGAGAGAUGCUUGGCUUUUCUUUCAGCCUUGAGUUUGGAAAUUCUAUGGUUAAGAUGGGCAACAUUGGAAUCAAGACUGGUGCUGAUGGUGAAAUUCGCAAUAUUUGCAUUGUUCUGCUUUUAACUGACUACUUCAAUCAAAUAAAUGUGUAG